GGGCGGAGUUCGCCCAGUGGCUGCUCGGUGGUGGUGAAGGAUCAGCUCUCUCUUCUAGUUUCCACUCUAGGACUUCUUAUCCCCUGGAAUGCGAGAGAGAGAGGCUCAGGGAGUUCCCGGAGUGGGGCGUAGAGGGAACCACUGGUGGGGAUCUUUCUAGGGGCUUUCCCUUUGUGGGGUGCUAUGGAGUUCCCAGAACACAGCCAGCAGCUGCUGCAGAGCCUCCGAGAACAGCGGUCCCAGGGUUUUCUUUGUGACUGCACCGUGAUGGUGGGUAGCACCCAAUUCUUGGCCCAUCGGGCUGUGCUGGCCUCCUGCAGUCCAUUUUUCCAGCUUUUCUACAAAGAGCGGGAGCUGGACAAGAGAGAUCUGGUGUGUAUCCACAACGAGAUUGUCACGGCCCCAGCCUUUGGGCUGCUUCUAGACUUUAUGUAUGCUGGCCAGCUGGUCCUGAGGGGAGAUACCCCUGUGGAAGACGUGCUGGCAGCUGCCAGCUACUUGCACAUGAAUGAUAUCGUCAAGGUGUGUAAGCGGCGGCUGCAAGCCCGGGCCCUGGCAGAAGCAGACAGUACCAAGAAGGAGGAGGAAACCAGCUCACAGCCCCCUAGUAUGGAGUUUUUGUCCAACACUCCCCGUGGCCCUCAGUCUUCAUUGGCAUCAGCGGAGACAUCAGGCCAUUGGGGCAAAGGGGAAUGGAAAGGACCUGCAGCUCCUUCACCUCCCGUAUGUCCUCCAGAUGAGCCACCAGUGCCCGGUGGGGCUGACACUACACAGCCUGGAGUGGAGGUUGACUCCCUGCAUCUACGGGCACCUCCUCCACCAGUGGCUGACAUCUCCCUUGCCAGCCCCAGUAGCUCCACAGAGACCAUUCCUGCAAACUACUUCUCUCCUGGCCUCCCAACAGUUUCGGUGGAGCCACUGGCUCCCCUUGAUGUGGGUUCCGAGAGUCUGAGGGUGGUGGAACCAAGGGGCACUGGAGCACCACUGCAAGGCUUCUAUCCCCCAGCUUCGGCUGCAGCCCCAGUCCCAGCCCCAGUUCCAUCCCAGGCUCCAGCCCCAGCGGAAGCUGAGCUGGUCCAAGUGAAAGUAGAAGCUAUUGUGAUUUCCGAUGAGGAGCCUGAUGUGUCAGAGGAACAGCCUCAGGGGCCUGAGGGACUGUUCCCACCUGGAGGGGCAGUGUAUGGUGGACAGCACCCCCAGCCAGAGGCUUUUGAGGAGCCAAGGGCAGCAGGAUUGGAGGAGGUGGGGCCAAGUGACCACUUUCUGCCCCCAGACCCUCACCUACCCUACCAUUUGCUGCCAGGUCCAGGGCAGUAUCAGCGAGGAUUGGUGACCUCACCCCUGCCUGCACCCCCAGCGCUGCAUGAGCCACUUUACCUGCCUUCUGAGUAUGAAGCAGCCCCAGGAAGCUUUGGUGUUUUUACUGAGGAUGUUCCAACUUGCAAGACAUGUGGGAAGACCUUCUCAUGCUCUUACACACUACGGCGACACGCCACAGUACACACACGUGAGCGGCCCUAUGAGUGCCGUUACUGCCUGCGUAGCUACACACAGUCAGGGGACCUGUACCGCCACAUCCGCAAGGCUCACAAUGAGGACCUGGCCAAACGCAGCAAACCGGAUCCAGAGGCCGGCCCCCUCCUCGGAGUGCAGCCCCUCCCUGGCUCCCCUACAGCAGACAGACAGAAUUCUGGUGGAGGGCCACCCAAAGAUUUUGUACUUGGCCCCAAAAACUAACAUGAGCUGAUGCUAGGCCCGGUCUUGCCAUCACUGGGGCAGCACAGAAGUUUGGAAGCAUCUCAUUUCCCCUGCUUGGUGACAGAGUGGAUUCUGCCCAGGCUGAAGGUUACUCCCGCCCUUUUCCUU